AUCAAUGUCAAACUAACUUUCAGAGUUUCAGUCUAUUAGCAUACAUUGAAAUGAAAUUAGUAGUAAAAUCAUGAGUGACUGUAAUUUAUUAGAAAACGAUGUGGAUGAAAAAUUGAUAAUAACGAAAAAAACUAAAAGUUCUCUUUUCUCAGAAUGGAAAUUCAAAUCAUCCAUUCCGACCCCGCGUUCUUCGCCUCCACCCAGCAGAGUUGGUGAAACUAUAUUUAAUAAUUAUAAUGAUCUAAUUGACUCAAAAAUUAAUAUUGUCAACCAUACUAAGCAAACAGAACAAAUUGAGAAACCUUUUGAUUUUUUCGAUGAUGAAGAAUUUGCUUUCGGCAUCAAUAUUUUGAAUAAAAACGUAGCAUGCGUCGGAGACAAUAUUACUAAACUUGUCCAAAUGGAUGAUCCAAACAAAAUAAGAAACAAUCAAAUGUCAAACAUAAAUGUCAGUUGUUAUCUUCAAUUGUAUUGUUUCGGGAAUUUAUAAAUCGGAAUAGAAAGUUUUAUUUAAGAGAAUUUGCCGUCAGAUUAAUUAAAAUAAUGCCGGAAUUCAACUUAUCUGAUUCUAUAAUAACCUCUUUGAAUGCCCAAGAGCCAUGGCCGGAUAAUGUGAAACUUUAUCAGCCUUAUGAAGUUGAGCAGAUAUUGUUACCUGACAAUGCGAGCUGUCUGGCAGUACAAGCAUUUCUGAAGAUGUGUAAUCUUCCAUUCGAAGUGGAGAUGCGCUGGAAUGCUGAAUUCAUGUCUCCAUCGGGACGCGUCCCCUUCAUUAAGUGCGGUGCUUUUGUCGUAUCCGAAUUGGAGCCUAUCGUUCAGUUUGCCGCGAACAAAGGUGUCACAUUGUGUGCUCAACUUUCUACGGAGGAGAAAGCCGAGAUGAGAGCGUAUAUGAGCCUCAUUACUAAUGUUUUGGUUAACGCCGAACUCUACAUAUCCUGGUUGGAUAAUGACACGUACAACGCGGUGACCAGAGUGAGGAACUCCUCAGUGUACCCAUGGCCCUUAGGCUGGUUGCAGACUCGACAGAAACGUAAUGCUGUAGCUAAGCGGCUGAAGGCUCUGCAUUGGCACGAGAAGAGCCUCGACCAGGUUCUAGCUGACGUCGAACAGUGCUGCAACUCUUUGAGUCAAAGAUUGGGCGAUAAGGACUUCUUCUUCGGGACCACCCCAACGGAACUGGACGCUUUGAUAUUCGGUCACGUCUUCACGAUCAUCACGACCCGUCUCCCGUGCAGGAGGCUGGCAGAGACCGUUCGUAGGCACGAAACUCUCGUGUCUCUCGCGAAGAGAAUCGACGAGAGAUACUUCAAGAGGCCAUAGCGUGAGGUUUUCAAGGACAUCUCCACUGUAUUUAAGAGUCCUUGAAAUCUACCUUCCCUCAUUGUUGGUCUGUGUGUGUGUGCGUGCGUGACUGUUGUAUUGUACAGUAUACAUAGCUUGUUAACUAUUAGAAAUAAAACCGGCAAUGUAUGUCGAAUGCAAUCGGAACAUUAACUUGUGACGGUAGGCGAUGGUAUAAUAUUGGCAUCGAUGUUCCAAACAUCGACUUUCUGAUAGUAAUUCAUGCAAGUUUUCGACGUGCUCUCGGCACAGCUGAUGAUAGCGAUUACCGUAGCCCAUGGACAUCCAAGUGAAUGCCGCCACUCAAUCAAUGUAAAAUAGAAAACUUUUGUAUUACGUAAAGUUUCUUGGUAUUAUGUGAAAUAUGUUGUAACUAUACUGAGACCUUAGAACUUAUAUCUCAAGGUGGGUGGCGUAUUUACGUCAUAUAAUCAAUAAACAAUAUCCUUAUUGCCUUCGGUACUUUUAACAACUAAAUAAAUAGGUUGGUUGAGAUAGUUUAACAUUAUAUUUAAUUUUAGUCUAUGCGGUUUUUGUCCGUCAUCUUAAUCAAGCUUGAAUAAAACAAAAUCGAUUUUAUUUGGAUGAGAAAAAUUUAUUCCUACAUUACCACAGUAAUUGUUCAGUUAAUUACGUUAAGUUUAAUCAUGUGAAAAUCGUUUUAUUUAAGAUUCCAAAAAAAAAAUUUUUUUUCGGUUUGUCAUAUUUAUAAUCUGGAUAUUUGAUUGAAUUUAAUUAAAGAUGUGCAAAAAAUAGUGAUGAUUUGUAAAUGUGAAAUGUGUUAUUAAUAUUCUUAGUGGGAGAAAACGUAUCAGAUUUUUGCGUUGUGAAGAAUGGGUGUUAGUAGUCUGGUAACACUGAGUAGUGUGCAGGCUUAAAAUGGUAAAAUAUCACUAAUAAUAAAAGUAGGAUUGAUAUUGUAAUGUUUAAAGUGUAAGUUGUUUUCUAAUAAUGAGCUAUGCAUGUGCAGUGUUGUAGUUUAGAUACGAUUCGGUACUAUAGACCAGUGGCCCAUAACCGCUGGAUCGGGAGAUUGGUGUGUCACAGGCAUCCGUCAUGUGUGUUGCCAGGUUUAUAAAUACGAUAUUUGUAGCUUUGGGGUACAUAUGGGAUAAAUAUACAACUGUCUACUAGAUGUUGACUACACAUUAAAA